UAUUGUGACUAGUAAGUACGCUUUUCAAUAUUCUUGCAGUUAUCUACUGCGGCGGCGCAGAAAGGAACAAAUCUGAAAUAUUCUCUUUUGGUUAACUAUUUUUUUUGCAUUACGAAUAGAAGUUUCAUUCCAAAAGUUAGUGUUCAGAAGGCAAAUAGUUGUGACGAGGAAAGUACUGUGAUUGGCGGCACAUUUACAUCUUUUGUAUAUUGCGUCGAAUCAAGCAGGUAAACAUUGUAAACCGAGAAAGAGAAUAAACAAUAUUGAACGUUGCUCAUAUUGAACUAUCCCUGCAUACGGCCUGGAACUUCUGUAAAAGUUACAAAACUACGUAAUCAAGACAAUCAAUCGUUGGUAUUUAAUUACACCACCAGGAGUGCAUCACAAGAAGUGUUUUUUGUUUGCCGCUCGCAUUACAUCGAAGAAUUUUUAUCAAACAUGUCAGCCAUAAAUUUGUUGAAGGAGUUGUUAAAAGCAUCCGAAAAGGCUGCUAACAUUGCACGUGUAUGUCGGCAAAAUCAACGCCUAUUCAGUUUACUGGUGCAGGAAAAAGAAAAGGAUGAAUCGAACUCUCGAUUCGAUCACGAUUUUAAAACGCUCGCUGACUGCCUCAUUCAGGAGAUGAUAAAAUACGUGAUCGGAAAACAGUUUCCAGAAUUGCGUGACAACAUCCGAGGGGAAGAAAAUGCAAAAUUUACCAACACUGCGGGUGAGUCUGUUAUAGUGUCGGUGACGGACGAUCCGGAAAACACCAUCCAUGUUCUGGAAAAGAUUCUUAACGGUGAUAAAGAAGCCGCAUCAGCCCUCGUGGACGAGGUUUAUCGUGAUGUCGAUCUGGACACAGAGGCACUAGAAAUACCUACCGACUCAAUACCGUUAGACAACGACUGGUCUGAGCUGGGAAUAUGGAUCGAUCCGAUCGACGGUACGGCCGAGUAUAUAAAAGGCGAAGAAAAAUUAACCAAAUUCUCAAAUAUCGCUUCAUCGGGCCUGAAAUGUUGCACGGUACUAAUAGGUGUGUACGAAACCAGCCAGGGGACACCAAUCCUUGGCGUAAUCAAUCAACCGUUUGCUGACAAAGCAAGCGAACAAGACGAGUUUCAAGAGAAAUAUAGUGGCAAAAUCUAUUGGGGUUUGUCGAUAGGCGAUCUAAAAUUCAACAAUAUAGCGCCACAUGAACCAGAUGCACGUAUUGCUAUUCUUUCUCCGUCCGAGCAGUCAAAGUAUGUUGAUUUCAUACGAAAUCAAUUGAAAUAUGAUGUUAUCUAUUCGUCGGGUGCAGGAUAUAAGAUACUAAAAAUAGCGACAGGAGAGGCAGAACUGUUCCUCUUAAGCAAAGGCACUACUUACAAAUGGGACACGUGUGCACCCCAAGCAAUUCUUCGUUCAAUGAACGGGGACCUGUUUAAUCUUCAAGACACACUUAUUAAUAAAUCGGUAAAGAAGAUUUCUUACCAAGAUCGCAAAGUAACUCGUAAUCUAUGCGGACUUAUUGCCUAUCAGAACAUCGAUAAACUGCGAGAAUUUCUUAAACUGUAAGCUACAUUGAAUUAAUGGCGUGUGCACGUUUACCUAUACGCUUUUCGGUAUCAAUUAAUCAAUAUAUAGUAUGUCGAAAAAAAGAAACUUAAGAAAUAGAUUCGAAUGGCUGUUAAUCGUUGAUAUAUAGACAUAUUAAUGUUUAGACAAAUUUCAUAAUAAUUCGUGUUGAACGUAGAAUGAGCAGCUAACAUAGCUGAAAGUUGUGUUAUAAAUAUGGAUCAAAACUCAAGGAAUAUUUAGUGAGACUCUAUUCAAUCAAAGGCUGUCUUGUAGUGAACUUUUCUUGGUUUGACGAAAUAAUGACGCUGCAGUUUAGUUCAUAGAAGUCAACAGUUGUAGAUAUCUAUUUUUAUAGAUACUCUGCUGGUAGUUGGUAAAUCAUAACUAUAACUAUCAAUUAAAUGUGUGGAAUUAUUUAGAAUUGUUCCAUAUCAAAUCUAAACGAGCAUAAUAAUAAUAAUAAUAGAUUUUGUUUCGAUGCAAAUAAUUAUGCUUCCAGAACCCGUCGCAUUCCAUUUUGAAUGUUUUACUGCAAUUGUAUAUUGAAUUUAGCAGAAAUAAUAUACAACUAUAAGUUUGUUUCAUUCAUACCUAACGGCCAGGUCGUAUUGGUAUUAGUUUUAUUUAGGAAAAGUUACAACCAUCAAUAACGAUUAUACAAGCAACUGGGUCAAGAUAUAAAUUCAAAUCAGAAUUAUUGUGAAAUUUCUAGAACGACGCAAUUGAGAUAUUGAAAAAAAAAUCAUAUUACAGUAUCUUAAAUAAUUCAAAACACAGUAGCUGGCAUAGAACAGAUGUUAGUGGCGUAGAGUGAUAUAUCCAAGAGAAACUGCAUGUUAGCUUAACUGUAGGAUGGAUGUAAAAUAAUCUUAUUCUCAAACAGUAGAAGGUUUGAACAGUGUUCUCAUUUAAGUUAUAUUUCGACAAACAUUUUGUUCGCAAUACCGUAUAAUGCUGUUGUUGCAAAGGAUUAAAACCAAAGCAUUCAUUUGGAUCAAUUGCAUUCGUUGAAUAGAUGUGUCGUAAAAUAUACAUAAUUGAGUUCCCAAUAAAGAUUGAACUAGACCACCGACCCGUUCAAUACGAUCUUCGAACUACACUUACCUAGUGUUAACCGGAUUUUAAAAUUGUCCAAAAGCCAUCUUUUUCUGUUAUUUUCCAUAUCGCCGCCUGUCCGUUUUUUGUGAAUGUAAUCUUUAAAUAACCAUUUAAA